UGUUGUAGAUGGUGGAGUCAGUGGUGUUCCCAGAGCCAAGCUGCUGCUGCUGCUGCCUCUCUUCUUCCUCUUAACCUUCUAGCUGUCUCACCCCUGCGGGUUUACCACAUGGUUGUGAUAUAGGAAUCAUCAUAACCUUUGCUGUUUCAGCUAAGAAUAGUUAAUGACGGGAUCUUAAUAUAUCAUCCAAGUGAUUCAAGAUGAGUGUGGUGUUGGUGUUGGGUUCUGGUGGUAGGGAGCAUGCUCUAGCUGCUGCCCUGGCUGCCUCUCCUGCAGUGUCAUCUGUCCUCGUUGCCCCGGGUAAUGCUGGCACUUACACCACUCCCAAUGUCACCAACAUUUCCCUCAACAUCAAGGAUCACCAAGCAGUUGUUGGUGUAUGCAAUGAUCGUAAAGUCAGUGUGGUGGUCAUAGGGCCAGAGGACCCUUGGCAGAUGGUUUUAGCCGAAAAGAAAAGUUUAAACAAGUAUUUGAAAGUAUUUGGACCAACGAAAGAAGCAGCCCAGAUUGAAGCCAGCAAAGCCUGGGCUAAAGAUUUUAUGGUGCGUCAAGGAGUGCCAACGGCCAGCUAUUCAACAUUCACUGAUCCUCAGCAAGCUAAAGACUUUAUAAAGAAAGGAUCUUGGUCAGGGUAUGUGGUGAAAGCCUCAGGAUUGGCAGCUGGGAAAGGUGUAGUGGUUGCAGAAUCUCCUGCGUCUGCUAUGGAAGCUGUAGACACUAUCAGUAAAUGCUUUGGCACUGCUGGAGACACGAUAAUUGUAGAGGAGCUGCUACAAGGAGAAGAGGUUUCUGUAUUGUGCUUCACUGAUGGAAAUACAAUAGCUGUAAUGCCUCCAGCCCAAGACCAUAAGCGACUUCAUGAUGGUGAUCAGGGACCAAACACUGGAGGUAUGGGGGCUUACUGUCCUUGCUCUUUUGUCUCCCAACAAGAACAUGAAACAAUUAAAGAUAUUAUACUUCAGAAAACCAUUGACGGACUGAAGAAAGAAGGAUCUCCCUUCAUUGGUGUGUUAUAUGCAGGUCUCAUGAUGACAUCCUCAGGACCAAAAGUUCUUGAAUAUAAUUGUCGCUUUGGUGACCCAGAAACCCAAGUUCUCCUUCCUCUUCUGCAGUCUGAUUUAUAUGGCAUCAUCUUGGGAUGUGUUGAGGGACGGCUGGCAGAGGUUCCAGUUAAAUUUGAUGAAACGAAAAGUUGUGUGGCUGUCUGCUUAGUCAGUGGUGGUUAUCCAGGAUCAUAUUCUAAAGGCAAACCUAUAACAGGACUGUCUGAAGUGUCCAAGUCACCUGGGGUGCAAGUGUAUCAUGCUGGCACAAAGCACGAAGACAACACACUUGUUACCUCAGGAGGUCGUGUCUUGGCGAUAACUGUUACUGAUCCCAGUCUUGCAGCAGCUGCCUCCAAGGUUACAGUGGCAGCUAGCAAAGUUACAUUUGAAGGAGCCUUCUUCAGAAAGGAUAUUGCUGCCAAAGCUAUUGCUAGAAUUACUGUGAAACAAGGUGGGCUAACAUACCGUGCCAGUGGUGUGGAUAUUGCUGCUGGAGACGCACUGGUAUGUGCCAUUAAAGAUGCAGCAGCUGCCACUUCCUGCCCUGGUGUCAUGGGCAGUCUGGGGUCAUUUGGAGGAUUGUUUGACCUCAAGGCAGCAGGCUACAGUGAUCCUAUAUUAGUGUCUGGAACUGAUGGUGUUGGAACUAAGCUGAAGGUGGCCCAGGCAGCAGGUAUACAUAACACUGUGGGGCAGGAUCUAGUGGCCAUGUGUGUCAACGAUGUCUUGGUACAUGGUGCUCAACCAUUAUUCUUUUUGGAUUAUUUUGCCACUGGCCAUCUCGAGGUCGAAGUGGCAGCCAGUGUUGUUAAGGGUGUUGCAGAAGGCUGCUGCCUUGCAGGAUGUGCCCUCAUUGGGGGUGAGACAGCAGAGAUGCCCGGCAUGUAUUCACCUGGAGAAUACGACCUGGCUGGGUUUACUGUUGGAGCUGUUGACAGAACUAGUUUGUUACCUCGCAGAAGUGAAAUUGUGGCUGGAGAUAUUGUGCUUGGUCUAGCAUCAUCUGGCCUUCAUAGUAAUGGUUUUAGCUUAGUCAGAAAAGUUAUUGAAGCGUUGAAUCUUAAAUAUACAGAUCCUGCUCCAUUUUGUUCCAGUAAAACUCUUGGCUCUGAGCUUUUGAUGCCAACAAAAAUCUACUCGAAGAUGGUAUUAGCUGCACUUAAGAGUGGUCUGGUGAAGGCUGCAGCCCACAUCACUGGAGGUGGCCUGGUGGAGAAUCUUCCUCGUGUCCUCCCUAAUAAUCUCAUGGCCAUGCUCCAGGCUACCAAGUGGGCAAUUCAUCCUGUCUUUCACUGGCUUGCUGCACAUGGUGUGAGCAGCAGUGAAAUGAGUCGUACAUUUAACUGUGGAAUUGGUUUUGUGUUGGUGGUAGGAGCAGAGGAGGUGAUGCAGGUCACUAAGCUAAUUUCCAACAACCAAGCCCUUGUUAUUGGAGUGCUACAGGCACGGCAUAAAGGGUCUCCACAAGUUGUGAUUGAAGAUCUGGAAAAUGUGUUGAGUGUUGGUGCAGCCUCCAUGCUUCACCUGGGCCACUCACUUGUAACUCCACACAAAAGAGUUGCGGUUCUUAUCUCCGGCUCAGGAACUAAUCUGCAGGCAUUACUAGACCACACUAAGUCAGGAUUGAGUGCUGCCAAAAUUGUUCUAGUAAUCAGCAAUGUUCUUGAUGUUCAAGGACUCCAACGUGCCAAGGAUGCUGGGGUAGCAACCAAGGUAAUCCCUCACAAAAACUACAAGAAUCGGCAGGAAUUUGAUGCAGCUCUGACAAUGGCAUUGAGGGAGGUAGACACAGAACUUAUCUGUCUGGCAGGAUUUAUGAGAAUUCUGACUGGCGAUUUUGUAAGGACAUGGCAGGGACGGCUUCUCAACAUCCACCCAUCUCUCCUGCCAUCAUUUAAGGGAAUGCAUGCACAGAGACAAGCACUAGAAGCUGGAGUGACACUGACUGGCUGCACUGUGCACUUUGUUGCUGAAGAGGUUGAUGGAGGGGCUAUUGUGACCCAGGAGGCAGUGCCCAUCUUGCCUGGAGACACAGAAGACAUUUUAGUGGAACGCAUCAAAACAGCCGAACACAAAGCUUUUCCAAGAGCAAUGGAGAUGGUAGCCAGAGGCCAGGUUGUUCUCAGAAGUGAUGGCUCCUGUACUCGGUUAUAGUAGCACUGGCAGUGUUUCCUCAAGAAAUGGUAGCAGAUCAUUUCAGCACUUGUGUCCAAUUGACAGAUGGAUGAUUUAUAUAAAUCUUCAUUUAAGUUGUUUUGGACAGGUGAUUUCAAAUUGCUCAACACAUUGUCGUGGCUUCCAUGCUUUAAAAUUUCUUUAAUAGGUUCCGUAGUUUACACAGCUUGAAUCUUAAAGAAUAUAAGGGUAUAGACUGUGACUGGAACAAUAUAUAUAAAUAACCCGUACAUAGCAGAAUGAAACUUACGAUAAUGUUUCAAUCUGACUUGUAUCAAGUUGGACCAAAAUGUCUCCAAAUGUUUCAUUCUCUUGUGUACAGGUUAUUUAUACAGUAGUACGUAUAUUGAAACUUGCCAAACAAUUCAUACACUUAUGUUUUAUUAAUCACUAAAUAUAUGUUUUUUUGUAUAGUACUGUUAUAAUCUGAGGAGAUUAAUAUUGUGGUCCUUGGUGAAGAGCAUUCGAUCCAACAUUUAUUUUUUAUUUACCCAUGACAUCAUAUUAUUUGUGAUUUGCAAUAAAUCAAAUGUAAGUUUUGCUUAUGUCUUCUUUCUUUCAAUGCACCAGCCAUAUCCCACUGAGGUGGGGUGACCCAAAAGAAAAAAACAAAAGUUUCUCCUUUUAAAUUUAGUAAUAUAUACAGGAGAAGGGGUUACUAGCCCCUUGCUCCCAGCAUUUUAAUCGCCUCUUACGACACACAUGGCUUACGGAGGAAGAAUUCUGUUCCACUUCCCCAUGGAGAAUUCAUCUAUUUAUGUCAGUAUUAACAGCCUAAAAAUUUUCAUUGCUUAGAAGAUGUUUUAUAAACAUGAAUUUUGCAGUGCACUGCAAGUAGAGUUGAAACAAAUUAGUCUUUGUUUUUGUUGAAACACGAGUUUGUGCAUCGGCGUUGCACGUACUCUGUAAUCAAUGAUUUCAAGAAUUAAAUGAAAACAGAAGGUCAUCUGAGUAGCAAUAAUGUGAUUAAAAAGAGAAAUACAAUGGGAAAUACUGUAAUAAGUAUCAAGGUACUGUACAUUAACUUUAUUUAGACUAAGAACUACAGUGUGACAAAUGUUAUAAUGCCUCACAUAUUGCAGCAGAAUAUCACACAUUCACUUAUAUACUAAAAAAAAAAAUUGUGGCUAAGAGUAGCAUUGAAAGAAAGCUUGUUAGUGUUGAGGAUGUAUUUAUUACAAGUUGUAUCCCCACAAGGGAGGUUCCUUGAUGCUGGUGAGGAGCUCUUGAUCUAGGGAAUUGAAUCUAUGCUCUGGUUCCUUGAAUUGAGCCUGAAUACCUUCCAUCCCCCCACAUGCACUGUAUAAUCCUAUGGGUUUAGCUCUCCCCCAUGAUUAUAAUAAUAAUACAGGUUGUAUCCCAGUAAAUCAUGGAAUAGGUGGGAUUUGAUCCCAUGGCAAGUGAGUCUUAAAACUCACUUUUAGGAUUUGCUUGCCAUGGGUUCAAACUCCAUCCAUUUCAUGAUUUCUUUGCAAUUGUGUUAUUAUGAUUUUGUGUCAUUUACCCUAGCAGCUUACAGUGAGCCCACCACAAUCAACACUAUUUACAAAGUGUAACUUUGUAAAGGGUCCAAGUCGGAUUGAAACAUCGUUGUAAGCUCUUCUUCCCUAUGUGUGGGUUAUUUGUGUGUUGUUCCAGUCACAGUAUUGUUUCUUUCUUUUUU